ACAGCAUAAACCCUAACCAGCGUAUGACACGAUUCAUGGACUUCAGUGUCCGGGACAGGAAUCUGGCGAAAUUGCGAGAUUUGUGAUCGUCUGCACGGGAAAUCGAAUUGUCGAAUUGCUAGCAGCGACGAUGAUACUGCCGCGGCUGGCGAAGGGUUUGCAGAGCGGAUCGGUGUCACGGGCUUUCAGUUCGAUUUCGAAUGCAUUGAAUUUUUCCAGGAGCGGAUGUGCGAUUCCAUCGGCAGAGGCGUUGUCAGAGGCGCAGAUUUGCGGGCGAGGGGAUAGCAGGACCAAGAAAGGCAAGAGGUUCAAGGGAUCGAAUGGUAACUGCCGGCACCAGAAGGGAUGGGAGACGCGCAGGCUUCGUGAGAAGUGGGAGAUUCCCGCAGGGCCUGCUCCUGGAUCUCUCCUUCCCCGGCCGUUCCCACCUUUGCUCUCAAGGUACUAAACAGGAGUCCGUGGAGAGAUCUCAGUCCGGAGCACAUUGGAUCCCCGAAUCUCUUUGUACAGAGUUUUAUAUUCGAUCGGAAGUACCUGCUAAUGUCAAGUGAAUGGCAUCCAUUCUUAUAAAGGAAAAGCUCGUCUGAAAGCAGAGCAAAACGUUUCAACUGGACUCAUUGCAGAUGGUCCUCACUAACUUUUCUCAUACGAGCGAGUUUUUUACCGAGUUGCCCAGAAUUCCGCUGUUCAGCUGAAUGUUGCAAUCUGAGUUGGGAUAUUGUGAAAAGCUGUCGAAGAUUGAAAUCACGGGCUUAUUUUAUCUCAUUCAUCUCAUCCAAAUACAUUUGCGUCAAUUCUUUUGGACGAU